AUGAUUCUUAGUAUCCUGGAGGGCUAUUCCCUCAAAGUAAAGGAAAAUGCACCAUUACGGCUCGACAGUGAGGGAAUUCUACAAGAGCAAUUGCUACGUCAUUUGUGGCGAUUUGAGAUAGAGAAAGAUGCCAGCAACUUUGAUGUUUUUGUAGAACUAAUGAAGAAGUUUGGAUUGCUGUUUGAGAAACAAAAGGGAUCUCAACCUGGUAACAGAAUAUUCAUGGUUCCCACUCGGAUGCAAUUCAAUAAAGAGGGCUUGGAAGCUAAGGAAGACGAGCAGCAGACGGUAUCGAUUUAUGUGACGCCUAUCGACUUCCUACCGGAUGCUGUCUACAAUUUGCUGGUCGUUUCAUUUUUAGACUUGAUGAAUGACAAAGGUAGGAGUGGUGAUCAUGUGGAAUUGUUUCGAAAUCGUAGUGACUUUGACUUAGAUGAUGAGCAUGUAGUGAGUCUAGGAGCUGUCAAAAUCAAGAACAGGCAUGCAUUGAAGAUUGAAAUAUCACGUAUGAUAAAUGUUGAUGAACAUGGCAAUGAAGAAACUCUCGAACCACAUCCUAGCGUCUGCAUGGAGGUAUUAAGUUACCUCCGACAGCAAUUGAAAACUGUGUAUGUUACUACAGAAGGAGUCGGCUAUGAGUUACGUGUCCUUUGUAAUGCCUGUGAACCUACGUUGCGACCGCUGCAUAAACUUGAGGAAUGUUUGAAAAAAAAUAGUGUGCCAUGUGGAAAAAGAAAGUCAGUUUCAACGACUCGCAUCAAACGACUCUUCUCAACAGAUUUUGAUGAUAACUCUACACAAGGAACCCUGAAUUUUCUGGCACUUCAGACACUGAUUGUUGGUCGUGGAACCAAAGAACUACGGAGGUACUUUCUAGACAAAACUAACCUUACCAAACCGGAAGUUAAACCAUUUUUGACAAGGGAGAGGUGUGCAUUACUAAAGGAUGUUGAUUUUGGAGAUGAUUCAACAACAGUGUUUUCAUCAACCAGCAAUAUUGAUGCAUUCCACUUGGAAAUCAUGAUGAAGUUAAUUCGCUACUGUUGCCACAACACCAACGCAGAAGGCUUCUGGGAGAACCCUCCGAUUGAUGACAGUUCUGAGCUGGCUAAUCUUGUCCGAAUCUAUCAAUAUAAAAAAACUGUUCUAGACGGCAGUUACAGCAACAGUGUCGCAGAGGAGGAGUUUGAUAACCAGUGGAAGGAACUCACAGUAAUAUUUACAGGUGUUGGGGUUCCUGUUGAAGACAUCGAGAAUUACCGCGACCCAUGGCAUUACAAGGAUGGAGCCAUGGAAGAAAUAGGUUUUGGGCACACUGUCAUUGAAGAAUUCAAGAAUUUCCAGGCUGUUUUAUCGGCUGUGGUUGUUGUUGGAACUGCAACUAUGGCAAAUUACAUAUUGGAGGUUAAUAAAAUUAACAAGAACGAUGUUGGGAAUUAUCUGAUGUCUGAGAAAAGGAAAGGUAGCUUUCAAAAUGUAUGGAAAAAUAUCAGUAAAGAGCAGAAGUCGAAAAUGUUUACACCAUCGGCUGACAUUGAUACGUUCGAUAUCUCCAUCAUGUAUUUAAUAAUUCGUAACUGCUGCGUUACCAUUCCAGCAUCAUUUUGGAAAAACCCAUAUAGACUUCCUAACUUGGUGGAUAUUCACGACUACAGGAACAAGCUGGCACAUUCUCCUGACAUUAGAAUGUCAAAUAAAGAAUUUGAAAUUGAAUGGAAGAAAGUGAGAUCAAUGUUGCAUGCUGCAGGUGCUUCUUUGACUGACAUUGACAAAUAUAAGGCACUAAGAUUUAUCAAUUAAAUGCACAUACCUACUUUGUUAUUUAAA